AUGGGGCCUUCCUCAGUCCCUCCCUGCAGAGGGUGCACCUCCUGGCAGGGGCUCCUGCUCACAGCCUCACUUCUCACCUGGAACCUGCCCACCACAGCCCACAUCACUGUUGAAUCCGUGCCGCCCAGUGCUCCAGAGGGGGCAGAUAUCCUUCUACUCGUCCACAAUAUGCCACUGGAUUGUUAUGGCUACAUCUGGUACAGAGGGGACGUGGUGGCCCAUUACCAUCUAAUUCUAUCAUAUGUAGUAGCCACUCAAGCAGUCACCCCAGGGCCUGAAUACAAUGGUCGUGAGAUAAUAUACCCCAAUGCAUCCCUGCUGUUGCAGAACGUCAACCAGGACGACUCAGGAUACUACACUGUACAAGUCUUCUCGCAAAAUCUUCAGAGUCAAGAAGCAACCGGAGUGUUAUACGUGUACCCCUCACUUCUCACCUCCUGGAACCCGCCCACCACAGCCCAGCUCACUGUUGAAUCCGUGCCGCCCGGUGCUGCAGAGGGGACAGAUGUCCUUCUACUCGCCCACAAUACGCCACUGGAUUGUUAUGGCUACACCUGGUACAAAGGGAACAAGGCGGCCCAUAGCCAUCUACUUCUAUCAUAUGUAGUAGCCACUCAAGCAAGUACCCCAGGGCCUGAAUACAGUGGUCGAGAAACAAUAUACCCCGAUGGGUCCCUGCUGUUGCAGAACGUCAACCAGGACGACUCAGGAUACUACACUGUACACGUCUUCUCGCAAACUCUUCAGAGUGAAGAAGCAACUGGACAGUUACGCGUGUACCGUGAGUGA